UGGCUCAUUGGCUCAGCAAGCCCCACCCAGUAGGGGAGUAAGGAACAAAAGCUGCCUGCAGGAGGCCCUGGGGCAGACGGGCAGACAGACUAGCCCACAGACAGGAGAGUGGCUGCUAGACUCAAGAAAGGUUCCCUGAGGCCUCGUGGCCCCCAGGACCCGCACAGGUGCGCACAGGCCUAGAACACGCACGUGAAGAGCCAAGGCCACAACCAGCAUGAACUGGGCGUUCCUGCAGGGCAUCCUGAGCGGGGUCAACAAGUACUCCACGGCACUGGGUCGCAUCUGGCUGUCCGUGGUCUUCAUCUUCCGUGUGCUGGUGUACGUGGUGGCGGCCGAGGAGGUGUGGGACGAUGAGCAGAAGGACUUUGUCUGCAACACCAAGCAGCCAGGCUGCCCCAACGUCUGCUACGAUGAGUUCUUCCCCGUGUCCCACGUGCGCCUCUGGGCCCUACAGCUCAUCCUGGUCACAUGCCCCUCGCUGCUCGUGGUCAUGCAUGUGGCCUACCGCCAUGAGCGUGAGCGGAAGCACCGCCGGAAACAUGGGCCCGAUGCCCCGUCCCUGUAUGACAACCCCAACAAGAAGCGGGGCGGGCUCUGGUGGACAUACCUGCUGAGCCUCAUCUUCAAGGCUGCCGUCGACUCCGGCUUCCUCUACAUCUUCCACCGCCUCUACCAGGACUAUGACAUGCCCCGCGUGGUGGCCUGCUCCGAGGCGCCAUGCCCCCACACCGUGGACUGCUACAUCUCCCGACCCACAGAGAAGAAGGUCUUCACCUACUUCAUGGUGGCCACAGCUGUUAUCUGCAUCCUACUCAACCUCAGUGAGGUCACCUACCUGGUGGGCAAGAGGUGCCUGAAGACCCUCGGCCCCAGGCGCCGGCGGUCCCGGUGCCGGGCUCACCUGCCUGAUACGUGCCCACCAUAUGCCCUUUCCCAGGGAGAGCACCCCCAGGAUGGGAACUCUGUCCUCAUGAAGGUCAGGUCCACCAUGAUAGAUGCAGGUGGGUACCCGUAACUGGUGAGGUCGGCGGCUAAGACCACCAGAGCCUGGGCCUGCUCCCUAAGACCACAGCGGGGCAGUGGCAUCAUUUCUGCAGCAGGGCAGGUGAGGAAGGUGGGUGUGGAGCUCAGGAAGCCCUCACAGGGGCCAAUGCUGGGAGGCAGUUCGGUCUCUGGGUCCUGAGCCCUGGGAAGGGGAGGUUGAUGGCUGGCAGGGAUUUUGUAUAUGGCAUUAGGGUGUGUCAAAACCCUUAAUAAAUAUGAUUUUCUUUGUACUUUGCAUACCAGGGGAGGAGUGAUGGGUAGGAAAGCAGGGAGAUUCAUGAUGGACUUUGGAGAGGAGGUCAAGACUCAGUGGGCAUUUGAACCCUGGAACCUCAGGUGCAGGUUUACCCAUCACACACACACACUCACCCCACACACACCACCCACAGAAUGUGCCCCCAGGAUGUGCUGGGAAGCCCAGAGGCUGCUCCAGGGGUCUCUGGACUCUACAACCAAGGCAGGAGGGAAGGUACCCUCGGAGCCCCUGUGCCUAGCAUGAGUCGGUUCUCAGCGAGUGUCCCUCAGAUGAGUGCAUGUGGCUCCACAUUCCGGCCCCCCUAACCCUGCCCAGCACAGGUCCCCAGAGGUGAGUCCUCUAGGUGGGUGAGAUGGUGCCAAGAGCAAGUCUUGGAUGCAGAGUCUGCCAGCGUGUCUAGGAGGCACAUCCCCACAGGCCAGGAACCCACUGAGAGCAUCCAAGCUAAAUGAUCCCUCAUAGAUCCUCAAGUUUGAGCAACUUACCUCCUCCUUACCUCCUCUCAUCCUCCCUCACCACUCACUUGACAACUUCCAAACCCACAGCUCCAGCCUGGACCUGCCUCUGGUCCCAGAGCCCCAUACCAACAGCUCAUGGGACAGCUUUCUGGGAGACCCCCAGACAUCUCCCACUCUGCAACCCCCAAACUGACUGUGUCAUCUUUCCUCAAACCUGCCCUCCCCAAAGAUCACCACUCCCCACCCCAUGAAUAACACUACCAUCCACUCAGGCAUCCAAGCCAGGAGCUGGCCUGACAUCCUUGUCCCCUCCCCAGCUCCUAGCCCCUCAUGCCUUACAUCCCACUGCAGCACCAAAUCCCACUAUUUUCAACCCCUAAAUGUUUCCCGAGUCUGCCCCUCCUCUCCCACCCCACACCCUCCCACUGGGCCUCUCCCAUCUGCCCUCCACUACAGGGACAGUGUUUUUUCUAGAUACAAAUCUGAUCAUGUCAUUCCUCCUGCUUUGAAAAUCCCCUCACCGCCACUGUCAUCACCAUUGCCCUCCAUCCAACCCCACUGACGUUCCCAGCCACACCCCCUGCCUCCUCCCUCCUUGUACCACCAAUAAUACCAAAGGGCUUGUGGCUCCCCAACCAGACACAUCACACUAGGUCCUGCCUCAAGCCUUCAGACAUGCUGUUCUCUCUGCCCGAAAUGCCCUCCCUCCCUCCUUUGGGACCCUUCCUUGAACCCCAGGGACAGCCUUAACUGCCUUCUCCCUGCGCCAGCCUCGCCUGUGCCUCUGCCCUUCUUCCCAGAUUGGAGUGGUCUGUUCUCCCCACCAGUCUAUGAGCCCUUCACGCACGGGAUGCUGAGUCAUCCAGGUCCUCAGUUGCCUUCAAUAAAUGUUUGUGAAAUGAGUAAACGGACUCUGAGCUGCCUGACAGGAGGGACUGUGUCUGGUUGAUCUGAAUCUGAAUCUUCCACCACACCUAGCCCAGGAGUUCAGCGUCUUCCACCACACCUAGCAGGAGUUCAGCGUAGUGAUUUCUUGUUUGUGUGUUUUGAUGUUGUUUUCACUAAGUCCAGACUAAAGGUUUCUUUUAUGGGUGAGGAAACUUUGGCCUAGAGAAGGGAGGGGAACUUCCCGGCCCACAGGGAGGGGUUGAAUCUGCUGAGGCUGUGUGCCCCAUGGUUCAAGGAGAGCCUCCAUGCCCACCCCUGAUUAUGGGACAAGACCAGAGACUCACCCCUUCUUAGGCCAGGGUUCCCCUGAGCAGAGCCAGUGGCAGGAAUUUGUGUGCCUGUGAAGGAAGGAACAAGGGAAGCAGGGUGGGGAGUGGGCCGAGCUGAGCAGCGAAUGAGUUCAGGGAAACUCAGCCAUGGCCUGAUCCCCACGGGUGGGGUAAGCAGCCUCUGAAUCAUAAA